AGCAGGAAGCUCUCCCUCUUCCAUCCAACAGCAACUGCCGCCAGAAACGACCUGAAGCUCCAAGGCAUCCGGACCGAGGAAGCCGGAAAAGGUUUCGGAUGCCGCGAUUGCUGCUUCUCAUUUUCUCAUGUUCUCCAAAAUAUCCUGAUCUCGAGAAGUAGAAUUAGCCAGCCGAACCCCGUUCUCGACUAGAAGCACCGUCGCCUGACACUGAGCAUCCUCUUUCGCCGAAACCAACCAACAGCCCCGCACAUCACCCAUAUAUCUUUUGGAUCACAUACGGACGCCGCUCGGGUGCGCCGCAGCAACAAUGUCGGGCAACUCGCUCAACUUUGUCACCUUCAACCAGGAUCACAGCUGUUUCGCCGUCGCCACCACAAAAGGCUUUCGCAUCUACCACACCGAUCCCUUCAACAAGAUCUUUAAUAGCGACGAGGGAAAUGUCACCAUCAUUGAGAUGCUCUUCUCGACCUCGCUGGUCGCCCUGGUUCGCUCGCCUAGGCACCUAGUGAUACAAAAUACCAAGGCAAGCUGAAGCAUCACCCGCCGCUUUGCCCCUCUCUGCCUUUCUCAGCUUGCUAA